UUUAAAUGGCCAUUUACGUGUGUGGCGGGCGCUAGGCGCUCGAGUUUGCCUCCCCGUUGGCCACUGCCGCUUCUGUGAUAUGAUGCUUGGUAUUCCAUGCAGCAGCCUCCCACGCCCCGCAGCCGCCCACGCCAGGAUCUGCGUCACACAGCCGCGUGGGAGUGAGAGAGCAAUGUAGCAAGCGCGGAAUAUCCCAAUUCUGGCAGUAGGGGAGGAAACGGCGAACAGUCAUUUGAAGGUUCUCAGUAUUAAGUCUUAAUACCAUCUCGUUUGACUGCACGGAGUCUCCGGCGACUCAAUGGCAAAGAGCGGAACAACGUCUGCAUGAGCGCCGCCCGUUGAUUUGCCAAGGCUGCGCGCGUGGUUAACAUUAUCUCCCCUUCUUUCAAGACGCGUAGGAAAGCGUCACUUGAACUGACAGGACAAUUAUCUUCAACUUGACUUGACAAUCGAAACACAACCACUUGAGCUCAAUUAAAAAUCAAGAAGUCCGACAACAAAAGAAACGCUGGUAUGGCGGCGACUUUACCCAGGACUCUCGGGGAGUUGCAGCUCUACCGCAUCCUGCAGCGGGCCAACCUGCUGUGCUACUACGACGCCUUCAUCCAGCAGGGCGGCGACGACGUGCAGCAGCUGUGCGAGGCCGGCGAGGAGGAGUUCCUGGAGAUCAUGGCGCUGGUGGGCAUGGCCAGCAAGCCGCUGCACGUGCGCCGCCUGCAGAAGUCGCUGCGUGACUGGGUCACCAACCCGGCACUCUUCAACCAGCCCCUUGGCACGCUGCCCGUCUGCAGCAUCCCCAUCUACAAGCUGCCCGAGGGCUCGCCCAGCCCCCACCUGCCCCGCGGCGAGCCCCACGUGAAGACGCCCAAAUGCGGCACGGCGGCCUGCGGGGAGACCGGCAAGGGCGGCCAGGAGGCCGGCAACGGGAGCUCGGUCACAGGGGGCGCCACGCCGUCUCCGCUGCAGAGUGGCGGCGAGCCCCGGUUCUGGGUGGGUCACAUCGGCGGCAGCGGUGGCGCCGAGAGCGAGCAGAGCCUGUCGCCCGCAGAGCUGGGGUCGCCGUCGUCGCCGCGGGACGGGCUGGAGGCGCUCGACGCAGCGGCGGUGCAGUCGGUGACGGAGUGCGUGGAGAGGAUGGCGUCGGGGCUGCCGCGCAGCGACCCGGUCGAGAUCAAGGAGCAACUCAAGAGCAACAAGAAACUGGCCAAGAUGAUCGGGCACAUCUUCGACAUGGGCGAGGAGGACCCGCGCCGCGAGGAGGAGAUCCGCAAGUACAGCGCCAUCUACGGGCGAUUCGACUCCAAGAGGAAGGACGGCAAACACCUGACACUUCAUGAGGUGAGAGAAGGAGGGAACGAGGGUGCAAGAAGGGAGAGAGACGCAGGGACAGUGUGUAAAAUGUUAACAGUGAAUGAGGCUGCAGCCCAGCUCUGUAUGAAGGAGGUGGCCCUGCUGACGCGCAGAGAUGAGCUCUUUGGUCUGGCGCGCCAGAUCUCUCGAGAGGUCACCUACAAAUACACCUACAGGACCAGCAAAUCUCGCUGCGGAGACGAGCCCUCUCCAAAGAGGAUCAAAACAGAGGAGGGCUUCUUUGACCUGCAGGAGGCGCUACAGGCCAUCUACAUGCGCCAGGAGACCCUGAGGGAGCAGCUGGCCCACGCCAGGUCAAAGGGAGAGGAGACGGCCACGCGCAACAUCCAGAUACAGCUGGAGCGACUGGUGGCAAAGCAGAUGGAGAUCCUGCACGACGCGGCCGCUCAAGACCGCCUGCAGGCGCUGGACUGGAGGAUCCCCGCCGCCGCCUUCAAGCACGCCGCCGACCGACAGGCCACCAACGGGGUCGCCGCCGCCGACAAGAGCGCAGAGCAGACAGGCGAGAGGCCACUGAAUCUGCGGGUAGCCAGCCAGAGGGCCGAGGGUGAGACGCCAUUGGGCAAGCAGCUGGCCAAUGAGCUGAAGAGACAUCACGCCAACACAGAGAGCAAAACAGCUGCCACAGAGAACGGUAAUGGCACAGCCCAUUCUCCACACGCGCUCAACCUUUCAGAGAAAAAGACCAUCAAAUCGGAACCGGAGGACUCCAGAUAGCAUCCUCAACCCCUCCCACCCA